UGGAGACCCCCCUCUAGUUCUCUUUUUGUUGAGUUGUUGGUAAAUGAAGCCAAAAUAAAGUAUAAUAAGACAGAGAAGAACUUUAACAUACCCAAAAGUCCACAUUACUGUUCAGUAUCAGAUCAUAAGCUCCAGAUUACUGAACCAUUAAUACCUCCAUGACCAGUGCUGCAGGAAGUGCAUGGCAAGGAAAACCUUGAUCAUGGAGUUGAAUCAUUUGCAUGGUGACAGUGGGGCACGUUCGGGUGCUGCUACUGUAUUCCAGCAUGCAAGCUAAAGCCUGCCCUUCACUGGGAGGACCCGGGGGGCCCCUGUGUCCACCCCUGCUCCUUGAGAAGUCCCCAUCAAUGCUUCCUUCCUCCCCAAUCCAUCCAACACGCAGCCAUCAUCAUGCUCGGGGUCGAACUACUGCACCAGUGCUGGCGCAUGCACGAUCCUCUAGGGUUGAAUUUUCAUACGACAGACGUCAUUUCUUGUCUCUAUAAACUGGUCGUGCAUGGCUCAUAAAAAGGGUGGAAGGAAAUGGCGAAGCUAGUGUAGCUGUGAGUAUGUGUUGUCCUCCAUGAGAGAAACACUGAGGUAUUUGCUAGGCUUAGCAGGGCCAAGCGGGUUUGGAUCCAGUGUCACUGCUGAGCAAGUCUCACAAGACAUUUACUCUUCAAACCCUCGCAAUCUCACCGCGAUCAUCACCGGAGCAACCUCAGGCAUCGGGGCAGAAACUGCAAGAGUGCUCGCGAAGAGAGGUCUGAAGCUGGUCAUCCCUGCGAGGGACCUCAAGAGAGCUGCUGAGGUCAAAGCAUGGAUCCAAGAGGAAACUCCAGACGCAGAGAUUUUUCUGAUGGAGAUGGAUCUCAGCUCAUUUGCUUCCAUCCAGAGAUUUUGCUCCGCUUUUUUGUCACUUCGAUUGCCGCUCAACAUCCUCAUAAACAAUGCUGGGAAAUACUGCAAGAAGCUUCAGUUCACCAAGGACAAGUUUGAGAUGACCUUCGCUACAAACUAUUUAGGUCAUUAUCUACUUACUGAAAAUUUGCUGGAAAGAAUGAUUGAGACAUCAGAAAGAACAGGAACCGAAGGGAGGAUUAUUAAUGUGUCAUCAGUGAUCCACACUUGGGUGAAAAGGAAAAGAUUCAAGUUCUCUGACAUGCUAAAUCCGGAGGAAUACAAUGGCACAGUAGCUUAUGCACAGUCCAAAUUGGCAAACAUUCUGCAUGCCAAAGAAAUUGCUAGAAGAUUGAGAGAAAGAAAUGCAAAGUUAACAAUCAACGCAUUGCAUCCAGGGAUAGUGAAAACUGGAAUCAUAAGAGAUCACAAAGGCUUGAUUACAGAUUCAAUGUUCUUCCUUGCAGCAAGGCUACUAAAAUCAACACCACAGGGAGCAGCAACAACUUGCUACGUUGCUUUGAGCCCUCAAUUAGUUGGUGUCUCAGGAAAAUAUUUUGCCGACUGUAAUGAGAGUUCUUGCUCAAAUCUAGCAAACAACGAGAUUGCAGCUCAGAUUCUGUGGCGCAAAUCGCACUCACUGGUUCUAAAUCAUGUGUUGCAGAUGAAAAAAGAGACUUAAAUGAAGCAAGUAUUGAUGGCUGUUUUGCAAGUCUUUUUUUCGUACCUGGUAUAUAUAUAUUAAAUGCAACAAGAGUUAUUUUGUAAGUGCUAAAUUUUGAUGGAAAAAAACAGAGAGAGUUUCCUCAAAUAAAACAUCUAAAAGAUUAUA